GACGCCAUGACGCCGAUGCCCGAGGAUGGCGGCGGCGGCGGCGGCGGUAGCUGUGGCUACUUCCCGGAGACGGUUGGUAGAGACACCGAGAUGCCGAAGAGCGCGCCGCCCGCGCGAGGUGUAGACGGGGCACUGCCUGCAGAGCAGGUCCUGCCAGCCUCACUGGAAAGGAUGACCUCGUGUCCGUGAUGGGCUGUGGGACAAGCAAGGUCCUUCCUGAGCCACCCAAGGAUGUCCAGCUGGAUCUGGUUAAGAAGGUGGAGCCCCUUAGUGGCAUUAAGAGUGAUGUGUACAAGCACUUCAUCACAGAGGUGGACAGUGUUGGCCCUCUCAAAGCUGGGUUUCCAGCAGCCAGUCAGUAUGCAUACCCCUACCCCACUGCCCCUACUACUGGCCACACACAGCCUCCCUCAGAACCACCACGCAGAGCCAGGGUGGCUAAGUACAGGGCCAAGUUUGACCCACGUGUGACAGCUAAGUAUGACAUUAAGGCCCUGAUUGGCCGAGGCAGCUUCAGCCGAGUGGUACGUGUGGAACACCGAGCUACCCGGCAGCCAUAUGCCAUUAAGAUGAUCGAGACCAAGUACCGGGAGGGGCGGGAGGUGUGUGAGUCUGAGUUGCGCGUGUUGCGCCGGGUACGUCAUGCCAACAUCAUCCAGCUGGUGGAGGUGUUUGAGACACAGGAACGUGUGUACAUGGUGAUGGAACUGGCCACAGGCGGAGAGCUCUUUGACCGUAUCAUCGCCAAGGGUUCCUUCACUGAGCGUGAUGCCACACGGGUGCUGCAGAUGGUGCUGGAUGGUGUCCGGUAUCUGCAUGCGCUGGGCAUCACACACCGAGACCUCAAGCCUGAGAAUCUGCUCUACUACCACCCAGGCACCGACUCUAAGAUCAUCAUUACCGACUUUGGCCUGGCCAGUGCUCGCAAGAAGGGUGAUGAUUGCCUGAUGAAGACCACUUGUGGCACUCCGGAGUACAUUGCCCCCGAGGUCCUGGUCCGUAAGCCCUACACCAACUCAGUGGACAUGUGGGCACUGGGAGUCAUUGCCUACAUCCUGCUCAGUGGCACCAUGCCCUUUGAGGAUGACAAUCGUACCCGGCUGUACCGGCAGAUCCUCAGGGGCAAGUACAGUUACUCGGGGGAGCCCUGGCCUAGUGUGUCCAACUUGGCCAAGGACUUCAUUGACCGUCUGCUGACAGUGGACCCUGGAGCCCGUAUGACUGCACUGCAGGCUCUGAGGCACCCGUGGGUGGUAAGCAUGGCAGCCUCUUCGUCCAUGAAGAAUCUGCACCGCUCCAUCUCCCAGAACCUUCUCAAACGUGCCUCCUCACGCUGUCAGAGCACCAAAUCUGCCCAGUCCACACGUUCCAGCCGCUCAACACGCUCCAACAAGUCACGCCGUGUGCGGGAACGGGAGUUGCGGGAGCUCAACCUGCGUUACCAGCAGCAGUACAAUGGCUGAGCCACCUGGCUAUGGUAUAGACAUGUCAUGGGCCCAGCCUGGCCACUCAUUGCUGUGCCUUCUGGGCCUGAUACCCUCUCUAGAGAUAGGCCUGCACGGCUAGCAGGAGGUAAAGAAUGGCUCCUUCCCCUUCUCUGUGCUUCAGCAGCCCCCUUCCUCACCUUGGGUCUGGGCCAGGUGUGACAGAGUGGAGGUGGCCCAGGGGGCUGUGACCUCCUUGGCCUGGCAUGGCUACUCCUGUUCGUGGACAACUGCUCUUGUAUGAGUUGUGGGAAGGGACCACACCUGGCCUUCACUAUCUACCUUGCCCUGUGUUUUCCCCAGACCAGAGGGGCCUGCAGUGCUGCCUGGAGGUUGUCUUAUGGCCCUAGGACAUUCUGUGACAGUUACUUUUGGAAUGCCCCCUUUCCUCUGCAGAGCCUUGCUCCCUGGCCCCCCACAUUCCAAGGCUUCCUGAUCCUCAAAUCAGGCUCCAUGGGAUGCACACAGUUAUGCCUUAACUAGACUCUCAGCCCCUGGCUAGAUCCAGACAGUCAGAUUUGUCUUCCUGGUGCCUCCAGGACCUCUGGUGGUAGUGCCAAUGCAUGGACCUUAGUGCUUCUGGAUCUGGGCUGGUGGCAGGCUUGCCCCAGCUUCCAGUCCUUCCCUGGCCACCAGCCAACCACUCUCAGUGCCACUUUUGCAGAGCCCACCAUUGCUUUUUGCUCCCCUUUGGAUGACCAUUCCAUUCCCCAGGUGCCUCCUUCCCUACUGUGGGGGGUAAAGGAAGCCCCACUGCUGCUACCUGGGGGGUGGAGCACCUGGGGGCCAAGGCAGAGCACAGGGAGUUCCCCGUUAGUAUUUCAUUGUUAGUACCAGUACAACCCAUGGCCCCUUCCCUUCAGGCUCCACUGUUCCUUCCUCUGUGACUGCAUGAAGGCGCCAUCUGGUGUCUAGCAUAGGUACAGGCAGCCUGGGUGCAAUCUCUGCACACCCAUCCUGCACACAGUCCUCCAGGAGGAAGUGGGAAGGAAGGAGUUGCUGCAUUGGGAGAGGUCUACCAGCUGCUCAACUCUCCCCUUCCACUGAGCUUCUGCACACCUUUCCCUGGAACUUAGCCUUACUCUGUGACCUGCCUCUGAACCCUGGGUGCCUGGGACACUGGCCUUCUCACAACUGACCUUGCCCCACCCACUCUGUGCCUAUAUCCUUUCACAGCAUUAACCUUCAGUCUGGGCCCUGCUCAGUCUCAGGCUGGAGGGAGCCCUGGUGGGAGGUGGGUGGGAUUGGGUGGCUACUUUCCCACCUGAGCCAGAACUGUCCUAUUUCUCAUGGUGUCGCCCUCUACCAAAAACCAAGCUGGAACCAAGCCUCCUUCCACAGCUGCUUUCAGUGGGUAGGAAGGGGCCAGGGCCCAGCUUUGGCCUUGGCUUGAUGACAGGAUCUCUGCCAGCAAGGGGGGUUUGUCCCCCUCAGCUCUUACUAGUGAGCAACCUUGGGCUAGGCCCUCUAUCUGCAUGUGCCACCUCCAGUGGGAAACCAAACCAAAGAGACGACUCUGUGCCAAGUCAACUGUGCCUUAUACACACCCUUCCUUCCGUCCCCACUGCCCCCUGGGUAGGAGGCAGUGGAGAGCCAAACACCAUGGCCUCAGAACUUCUCCCCAAAUCCCCAAGUAUCUCUGGGGGCCUGAAGCCCUGGGGAUAUAUUUCCUCACUUGCCCAGGGUAGUCCUGGUCCUGAGGGUAGGACAGAGGGGGUUUGGAGACUUGGGCCUUUGAUAGGCCUGCCUGGGUUUUGAUGCCAUGGACCAUGGAUGAAGAAUGUGCAGUUAUUUAUUUUGUGUACUCAGUUUGUAAAUGUAUCCUCUGUAUCCAGUAAACAGGCUGCCCUCCCCAGGGAAGGCUGCCUAUUCAUUCCA